GAGUUUGGCAGGGGUGCCAGUCGGCCGCUGGACGGUCCCUCUCUAAGGCGGCAGGGGGAAAGAAACCCCCGUUACCGACAGUCCCUUCCUCCAUCCCCGAGAGCGGCCUGCCCAGGCCUGGCGGCGGCGGCGACACCAUGCGCCUCCUGCGGUGUUUGCUGAAGGGCCAGUCGGCGCUCGCCGGGGCUCCCAAGUACGUCGAGCACUUCAGCAAGUUCUCGCCGUCGCCGCUCUCCAUGAAGCAGUUCCUGGACUUCGGAUCCAGCAAUGCCUGUGAGAAGACCUCAUUCACUUUCCUCCGCCAAGAACUUCCUGUCCGGCUGGCCAACAUCAUGAAGGAAAUCAACCUUCUCCCAGAUCGUGUGCUGAGCACUCCCUCAGUUCAACUAGUGCAGAGUUGGUAUGUGCAGAGCUUGCUGGACAUCAUGGUGUUCCUGGAUAAAGACCCUGAGGAUCAAACAGCACUCGGACAGUUCACAAAUGCCCUGGUCACAAUCCGUAACCGUCACAAUGAUGUGGUCCCCACCAUGGCGCAAGGUGUGAUCGAGUACAAAGAAGCGUAUGGGGAUGACCCUGUCUCCAACCAGAACAUCCAGUACUUCCUGGACCGCUUCUAUCUUAGCCGCAUCUCCAUCCGUAUGCUCAUCAAUCAACACACUUUGCUUUUUGAUGGCAGCACCAACCCAGCCCACCCCAAGCACAUCGGCAGCAUUGAUCCCAACUGCAUUGUCUCAGAUGUGGUCAGAGAUGCUUUUGACAUGGCCAAGCUGCUGUGUGACAAAUACUACAUGGCUUCUCCCAACCUGGAGAUACAGGAGGAGAAUGCCAUCGGAACAAGACCCCAUCUGUGGCCUACUAACCAGCCUGGGCAGCCCAUCCACAUGGUUUACGUUCCUUCUCAUUUGUACCACAUGCUCUUUGAGCUGUUCAAGAAUGCUAUGAGGGCCACUGUUGAAAGCCAUGAGUCCAAACCCACAUUGCCACCCAUCAAGGUGCUGGUGGCCUUGGGACAUGAAGACCUUUCCAUCAGGAUGAGUGACCGAGGAGGCGGGGUCCCUCUCCGCAAGAUUGAACGACUCUUCAGCUACAUGUAUUCGACAGCUCCUAAACCAGAGUUGGGCAGUGGGGGGACUCCCUUGGCUGGCUUUGGCUAUGGACUCCCUAUUUCCAGACUGUAUGCCAAGUAUUUCCAAGGUGACCUUCAGCUUUUUUCCAUGGAGGGAUUUGGGACAGAUGCAGUCAUCUAUUUGAAAGCCUUGUCAUCGGACUCUGUGGAGAGGCUUCCAGUGUACAACAAGUCAGCAUGGCGUCACUACCAGACAACCCAGGAGGCAGAUGACUGGUGUGUGCCCAGUACAGAACCCAAGAAUACCUCCACGUACCGGGUGACAUAAAUUAAAACUUUGUUUGAGAAAAGGCAUCUACCCCAACCUCCUAAGUGCAGAAGCCAAACUUGUUGAGGAGAGGAGAGAGAGAGAGAUGAUCAUCACCAGCACGAAUGCACUUCGUGGACUAUUCUUAUUGGCUGGCCUGGACAGUGCACCAGCCAAUCCAAAGCCUGAUGACGUUCUCAGUUUUGUUUUCAGAAGUAUGUUGUGUAGAUCCAUUGCUGUCCUAACCCUGCAUGAAACAUCUCCUUGACCUGUCUACCCCAAUCCUAUCUAGCAGAUGAGAGUUUGCCUUCCAAAGAUCUGUUCUCAUCCUGUUUGGUGGUAGCUUGCAUCACUUUUUGUUACUCUUGAAUCAUAACACAGACGAACUUUAGAGCUUCAAGACAUGGGCAUUAAAAUUUCGAGAUGAACCAAGCAAUUCUACAGAAAAGAACGGAGGCAGAAACUGACAUGUGUGCUGGUUGUGUUAUAUUUCCUGGCCAGGAGGGGG